AUGAAUAUUCUGUGUCAUGUUACGUACCUGCUUCUGCUGGGAGUAAUUUCUUGCCAGAACAACCGCAAUGCCAAGCCAGGCGGGAAAGCUCCAAAGAAGCCUAACAGCCAAGCUACAGACACAACCCACCAUGGCCCUGAAGAUGAGCCACACCCUGGGCUAGCAGGUGCUGUUGAUUCCAGCAAAGACACAAACUCCGGAGGUCGUAGCACCACACAACAAAGUGCAUCUGUCAACAAGGUUGCUGAUGAAAUGAAGCUACACUUUGUAAAGAACACAUUAGUCACAUGCAACGACGGUACUGCCGCUGGGUUUUACCUAAAGGAGUUCAAAGGAAGCAAGAGAUGGCUGAUAUUUUUGGAAGGUGGCUGGUGCUGCUACAACAAAGAGACUUGUGAUUCCAGAUACAAAACUAUCCCCCGCCUAAUGAGCUCAACUGACUGGCCACAAACACGCAAAGGGAGUGGUAUACUAUCACCACAAGCCGAAGAAAAUCCUCACUGGUAUAAUGCCAAUAUUGUGUUUGUUCCCUACUGUUCAAGUGAUGUGUGGAGUGGUAACAAAGCAGCAUCAAAGCCCAAACAGGGAAAAGAAACAGAAUACACUUUCAUGGGAUCUCUAAUCAUUCGGGAGGUGAUCAAAGACCUUGCUACAAAAGGAUUGAAACAAGCCAAAGUUGUGAUGCUGGCAGGAACCAGUGCCGGGGGAACAGGUGUGCUGCUUAACAUCGAUAAGGUGUCCAAUCUUCUGGAGCAGUUGGGUGCAGAUACUCAGGUGCGCGGUCUUGUCGACUCGGGCUGGUUUCUGGAGAGUAAACAGCAAAAAGUCCCUGACUGUCCAGACGGUGCCUCAUGUACCCCUGUUGAUGCCAUCAAGAAAGGACUUCGGUUGUGGAAUGGAGUUGUUCCAGACAAAUGCAAGCAGCAGUAUAAAAGAGGCGAGGAUUGGCAAUGCUUUUUCGGACACAAACUGUACUCCUACAUAACCGCUCCGCUGUUUGUGGUGCAAUGGUUGUUUGAUGAGGAACAGUUACGAGUAGAGAACAUUUAUAUGGGUGGCCAGUCACUCUCUGAGCAACAAUGGACUUACAUGCAGAACCUGGGAAAAGAGUUUAAAAAUUCACUCAAGGAUGUUACGGCUGUGUUCGCCCCCUCCUGCCUUUCCCACACUUUGAUAACCAAAAGUAACUGGAUGGACUUCCAGGUCAAGGGGACGUCGCUCUCCCGUGCUCUGCAGUGCUGGGACAGAAGUCUUCAGGAGGCCAAUAAGAACAGCAAAACGGCCCUGAAGGGCUGUCCCUUUCAUCUCAUAGAUAACUGCCAAUGGCCACAGUGCAAUCCAACCUGUCCGGCCCUGAUUGACCAGGCCACACAACAGGAGAUGUCUCUCCUCCAGGUUCUGGCUAGUAUGGGCUUGGACCUGCAAAAGCUCGGCUUGGAUGGAAGAGGUGAUAUUUCAGCUGGCUUGAUCAGCAAUGGUGGCUAA